AUGAGAAGACCUGGAACUAUUGCUCGGCUCAGGCGAGCAAUACUGGCCAAAGACUUGGAACCCACCGACGUAUGGCGAUUUUUUGCCCACAGAGUUGACGCUGAUCGCUCAGCCGUCACAGCAGGCCUCCCAGUCUCUAGCCUCGGCCUGUCGGCCACGAACGCGGUUGUGGGUGAUCGAUUUCCAGACCCUCCCUCCCUCCCCUCCUCACCUGGUCGCAAACUUUAUGGCAUUCCUUUCAUGGUGAAGGACAAUUUCUGCCUUUCGACCGGCCGAACCACUUGUGCAUCCAAAGCACUGGGCAACUUUCAUGCGCCAUACACUGCUCCGGUGAGCCAUUUUAAACUGCCACUUUUCACACGCUAUCCCAUAAAAUAUUAGCCGAAAUUCUGAAAUAUGUUUUCAGUUCGAAGAUAUUGCUUAAGUGGGAUUACAAUGUUAAUUAUCGUGUAGCACUAUCCAAAGAUAUUUUUGUCACACCAAGUUUCCGGUUUUUCAAUGCACUUCUUAUCGGCCGUCUGCAUAAAAUACACUUUGUGCCAAAUGGCUGCUUAUGUAGCACAAAUUUUCCCUAUAGCUUUUCGACGCUCUUAUAAAUCUUAAUAUAUUCUAUGCAAAACACGUACAAAAAUAUCCUUUUUCCUACUCACUUGGUAGCUAAUUACGUCUUCUUCUAAUUUCAUGCCUGAAUAAAAGGCAUCUUCCGGUUCGAAAAAUGUGCUCAGUUCCCGCAAAAUUUUAAACCCCACCUUCCGUUUUACUUGCAUUCAGGGUUCCUAAUCUACAAGCUGUAUACUUGUGGCAGCCCUCGUUGCCUUGUUCUCUGUCGCUUUGUCUAGCUGUCCUUCUGUGCGGCUCACGCUCCCUGUCAGUUCGCUGCUGGGACCGCGUGAGGCUAGUGACAAGCCUCGCUGUAUUUUAUUAUUUGUAUGCCUACACAUGGGGGGCACAAUCAGUCGUCGUCGUAGUCGUCGAAGUUUUUAAUCGUUUGAUUAUUAGAUCGAGCAUUGUCACCUAGCCGUACACCUAUCGCGUGCAUGUGCAGCCGAAUAGCAAUGUCUCUUUUUCCCUUAUAUGUCAUGUGCUUUUGUGGGCUAAUUCGCGAUUUGCACACUCCGUUACGCCACAGCACCUGGCCCUGGGUACUACCUCAUAGGUAUCGACAUCCAAUCUGGGCCAUAUUUUAUUGACCUCUUAGGGUCUUUAAGUUGCUAAUUUUGCAGCAUUCCAAGAAACAAAUAUGCGUGAAUCAACAGCCAGUUUCCCAUUGUCAUUUGAUCAAGUGAGCUCCCGUUGCAUUUUAUCCCGUAUGUGUUUUCACCGCUGAAAAAGGGUAAGGAAAAUAUACUGUCCUCCGGUUCUUUUGAUCAAAUUUCUGCAUUCUGAGUAAACGGAAAGUUAAUCGAUCAUUGUUCAUCUCCUAUGCGCAGAAUAAAAUAUUGUCCUGAAUUUGGGCCGUACUGGUCAAAUAGUUGUCCAACAAACACAAUUUUAUUCACUUUGCUCCACCUGUGAAAAACUCGGUGCCUCGGUGGGAUUCGAACCCACGACAACGAGGGAAGGCUUUAGUACAGCCAACGCUCCAGCCAUCUGACCUACGACGCCCCACCGGACGACGCUGCAGGAAAUUAGGCGGGUAAAUCUAACCCAAAUGUGAUUAAACUCGUGUCGUUCGGUGGGGCCUCGUAGAUCAGAUGGUUAGAGUGUUGGCUAUACUAAAGCCUCCCCUUGCUGUCGUGCGUUUGAAGUGAAUUAUUUGAAAUUUGCCAUAUCACCUAUGAAACAUAAUUUAUGUGAACUACAAAUUGGGCCAUGGGGGAACCGAAUGUAUGUGCGUAACUGCCAUUGCUGGUCGUUGUUCCCAUGUUUCGUGCCCGCUGUUCCCAUGUUUCGUGCCCGCUGUUAAAACUUGGAACAUGUUUAGUCAAACUCUUAAUUUUUCUAUCCAUAUUAUUAAUUGCUAAAUAAUUAUGUUGGAGGCUUUUCGACUGAUUUAAUUACAGCACGGAACAUGUUUGUUCCUUUGUUUGUUGUACUCCAUUCUAAACCCCUGUCAUGCGAACCCAUACUGAUCAGUAAUUAGCAAAAAUAGGCACCGACUACGGGAAAUACAACAGAUCCAUAGGGCGUAUGAGUUGACGUCUGGUAAUCAAACCAUCCUUAUUCGAAUCCAUUGCUAUCCAAACCUCGGGCUGGGAUAUGGUUGGUUCACGACGGCUGAUAAUCUAGAACUGACCUCCCCCCACCCAGUCUCCACUGUCUUUGUUGAUGUUCGUUUUGCAAAAAGUAAUUAAUGACCUGCAGGUAGUUGUGCACAAAAAAUCCCUUUUUGAAACAUCCUCCCAAGUGGUUCGCUGAAUUUGGUAUGUUUUCACACCUGCUGAGUAUAGAGACUGUGUUCUAGGUGGUCUGCUUGAAGUGGUUCAUCCUUUUUAAGCCUGUUUGCUAAAUUUGAACUGGAAUCUCUCUGUCUUGCAGACCCUUUUCCGUCCUCUCCCAAUUAGAUCAUCAUCAUCCUCAUCCACUAUGUUUAUUUAUCCCUUCAGGUUAUCGAGUCUCUUCUUCAAGCCGGAGGCCUCCUCAUCGGCAAGACUAACAUGGAUGAAUUUGCCAUGGGUUCUGCCUCCAUCCACAACCAACUCACAGGGCCAGUAGUCAAUCCCUGGAGCUCUCCUGCGCAAGCUGCUCGAAUCGCCGGUGGCAGCUCUGGUGGUAGUGCAGCGGCUGUCGCCGCGGGUCUGACUCCGGCCGCGAUCGCCUCAGAUACCGGCGGCUCCUGCAGGCUGCCGGCAGCUUUCUGUGGCGUUACCGGUUACAAACCCACGUUCGGUCUUGUCUCACGGUGCGGCCUGGUGCCGCUAGCGAACACUCUUGACUCGCCCUCGCUUAUUGCGCCGCGUGUCGCGGACAUUGUGGACCUCCUGCACGCAUGGAUGACAGCAAGCUGUGAGCGGGGACCUAUUGCGCGCCUCGGCGACUCCACACUCUCGCUUCCGCCUGGAGGGCGGGAAGACCUGCAGAAAGUCCAACAGGCGCUCGAAAGCGGAGCCCAGCCUGCCGAAGACGCGCGUCUGCGAAUCGGCAUUCCAUGGGAGUUUCACACACCCGGCAUGUCAGAGGAGGUAGCUGUGGUGUGGGAUGAGGUUGCUGGCUGGUUGGCGGAUGAAUUCCAUUUCAGUGUUGCGGCAGUGAGUUUGCCGCAUGUUCCGGUGGCGACAGCUGUCUACUCGGUCCUCUGUGCAGUUGAGGUUGCUUCUAAUAUGUCCAGGUAUACUUAAAUCCUCUUCUCCAUGCUGGUAUUGGCUCUGAUUAAUGAGUAAUGCAGUUGACAAAGCAGAGUCUCAUACAGUUUUUGGCCUCAACUUCAAGUUUCAGGCUUAUGGAGCCGGAGGCUUAGUGUUAGUAGCCGACGAGGGCAACUAAUCUGAUAACAUAUUUUCUGUUUGCUCUCUCUCUCUCUCUCUCUCUCUCUCUCUCUCUGUUUACUUGGUGACCAUCGGAUAUGCGACCCUACUAAAGGAACGGGGGACAAGAACUCCUGUAAUACGAAAAUGGUAAUAAUAGGCGUUUUAUGGGUGGGCUAAACGGGACUGACAGACAGCCAUUUUUGGGAAUCAAAGGUAAGAACUUACAUUCACGCCAUUAACUUGUUCAAAUACACUCGUAAUGCGUAAAAACGCGAGUGCCUAAUUCGAAAUACCGGACAUUUGGAGCUGUAAACGGAUAUUCCAGGCGAACUGAUCGCAGCCCGUGGUGAGCAAUUACGGUGGAGGAGAGAGUGCGAAGAAUAUGUCGUCAAGUCCAUCUCAUGUGAUAGUCGCGACUCGAGAUACGAUCGAGUUUAAUGGCGUCGACAGCCUAGCCCCUAACCCUAGACCUGUUUCUUAGGCCUAACCCUGGUCUUAACUUCCAAUCCUGACCUUAAAAUCCGAUCUAUUACCUCUGACCCUGACCGCUAACCCUAAUGGUAACACUUGAGGGAAGCGUAACGGGAAUGAGCGAGAGGAAAUCAAGCCUACCCAAAUGAAACAAGUAGGUAUUUCGCAGAAGUAAAAAAUAAACGAGCCCGCAUACCUGAUCGUCACUGCUUCCUUAACUGUUGGGGUGGCCUAGAGACGGUCCUGCCGCCUGCCAUUUUUAUUCUGAUUUUUAUUUGUAUUUCAUUUGGCCACAGAUGUUAUAAGGGGGUUUUAAAGUGAACUAAAGCGCGUGGAGUGGUAGUCGCCGAUUUAGCUAAUUUUGGGAAUGAAAUGCGGACUUUCCAUUCUACACUGGAGAUCACGACUGUCACGUGUCAAGGAAACAUCGAUAAUCGAUAGGUAAAUCCCUGAAGCCGGAGGGAAUAUUUCUAACUCAUUCGUUAUCGCCAGCCGACCUUACCCCACUCCGGGGUCUGCUCGUUCUGAACUUCGUAUAUGGCUAUCGGGAUAGCUGGGUCCUCGCGGGUAGCCCUGUGUGCGUGUGAAUGGGGUAGCUGACUGGUGGACUGGGAAUGAGGCCGCAACGACUCACUCCGUAUUGCACUCCCACUCAGGUGGGAUUCGAGUUUAUCCAUCGUUAUUGCGGAAAUUUGGUGCAUCGCGCUCGGGCCAGCUCGUGUGUGGCACGCGUAAACGGGUUGUUUUGUCUUGUCAGUAAGCACGCCCGAGCCCGCCUCCGGUCGUCAUAACUCUGUCUUGCUGACGGGCCGAGGUAGGUGAGGAAUGAACGAGUGCGGCAGACGCUGUGCAAAUCUGCCGUCAGUGUAGACCAAUUCAGUCACAAGUCACCGCCCUCCACCCAUCAUGCUUUGUGACCCACGGUUGACAUCGUCCUUGGCGGUGGUCAGAAACAUUUGCGAAAAAAAAGUGAAAAGAACGCUCCUUAGAUCGUUUUCUGUGCAGCACGGCUAAAGACUUUCCACUCAUGAGCACUUUGCCUCGCAGCUGAAAUUCUUCUCUGUCUAAUUUCAUGAAAUGUUUGUCUUUCCAUCAUACCUUUAGGUUAACGCUCGACUCUUACGGACAGAGAUUGACAUCAAUCCAUUCACAAACCAUCCUUGUCCUUGUUUGGAUUGAAGGUCACAAACUGAGCAACUGUUGUCUACCCGAUAAAUGCCUAGACUCCCUACGGCCACUGCCUAUUUGUUCAUGACUCGUGACUAUAAAUCAUAAUUCCUAUCCUUGUACAAAUAUCUGAACGAGUCAACUGCCUUGACUUCAAGCCGUUUAGGAUUUUUCGGCCAUCCAAAGCAUGAUCUGCAGAUACAAACCAGUUUCGUGGGAAACUGUCCAGUACUACGGAAAGCAGGUGCCUGCGUGUAAUUUCCAAGUCUUUCCCAACUGACCUCAACGAUGUCGCAUACUGCUUUCUCACACACUACUAUCUGCAUCAGAUCUAGCGAGCUUGUCUCACUUUUUCUAACGGCAAGUUUCAAGAACAGAUAGGAUAUUUUGAAAGAGCACGCUGGGACCAGUCUUGAAGUAACGUUUUUUUCAAUAAAUCGGUGAUGUUAAGUUUAGAACAACUGCAAUGAACUCCUGAAGCGAUUAAAGAUGAUCAAAGCUACUUCGACCGUUUUUUUGUGCAAGCCUCGUCAUAGUCUCGCAAGGUUGUCGCAGCGAGGGCAGGCUUUUUCAUUUGAAGCGAGGCCUGCGUAUUUCAUUGGCGAAAUUGUUUUCAGACAGUCGUGGGUAAGGCCCUCCAGUUUCCACACAUCCUAUAAAACGAUCCAGUAUCGACAACCCUCAAGGCAAUUAGGUCCAUGAGCAACUCCUAAGGUUUUCUGAAAUGUUUCCGGCAGCAUUAAUUUGACGGCGUCGUCCCUAGUCUAUGCUUUUAGCGACAUUUCCACCCGGAGAUAUUCUAAGACCCCUACCUCUCUGGACUGACAGCCGUUAACGCGAUACACUUACUUCAUGUCUGCGAGGUCUUCGGGGAAUGCUUUGUUUUUUGACUCAUCCGGCUGCCUCGUUUGUCCAUAACGGUACAGCCUCGUAGUUGGAACUUAGCAGGGCGAAAUUACAAACGGAGCCCAGGUCAGCAGGCACCCGGGCGCUGGCAGGACUAAACCUCCCCGCCCCCCCCCCCUCCAUCUGCAGUAUGUCCCAUGCCUCCGCUAGUAUAAUCAGCCACCACUUGUCGCAUCCCCUGCAACCUAGUGGGCCGAGAACACUACUGACUGACACCUGACUGUGUCCAUUUGUCGUCUCCUGUUCCUCCGAUCUUGUCAGCCGCCGCGCCCUUCCGGCGCUUCCUAAUGCCACUUUGUCUACCGACCAUUACCAGGUAUGACGGGCUGCGCUAUGGCCUUCGUGCGGACCCCUCGGAGGAGUUGAAAAGACAACUGGCCCACCUGAAUAUGGACACCUCAGAUGGCCUUAUGGCUGCCUCCCGCCAACUCGGGCUCGGCACAGAAGUGAAGAAUCGCAUUCUGGCCGGCAACUUCUUUCUUCUCCGUACUCAGAAGCACAAGCAUCUUGAUGCGGCUCGGCGACUUUGGCGACUGAUAAAAAGUGAUUUUGACGAGGUAGGCUAUUGAAGGGCGGGCUGGCAGCCUCUACCCCUCUCCAUAAUGCUGAAUGCUUUCAUUGUCUUAAGUCCAGGCCUUGGACGUCUAGUUCGGAUUUGUAAGUAACAAAGCCCCCUCCAUACAUAGAUUAUGGGGGUUAACGUAAACCAAUAAACAAUCCUAAUGGUCGCGCAAUUUCCAACCACACAGCACAUCUCAGCCGAUGGGGCCUAUUCCAGCGCCUCAAUAGUAGGGAGGUCGCUCCAGUGUUUCAUGACUGCGGGCCCUUCCGGUGUGGGUUUAUAGUUCGGCCGAAAGAAGACAACAAAUAAGUCAUAAGCUACUACCCUAAUGUCUUGUCAUCGUUAGUAUUCUUCGCUUAUUUCGGUACAAUUGAAAUUAAUGCCGUCAGAGAUGGUUAAAAAGGUCCAAUUUACCGUGUUUGCUAAGUACGCAAUCAUUCUGACCGCCCCUCUUUCCACACCAUGGUGCACCAACUAUUUCGGGAAAAUUGUACUUGGCGCAUCUCUGAUUACUCCUGGUCUAGUCGGACUUGAAGAUGUCACGGCGUUUAUCUCCCCCCACACGGCGGUUGGAUGCGAUUGAUCUUUCGCGGCAACGAGGACCGAGGGCCCCAAGGGCCAACUGUGUUUCGACGGACUAUGUCCAGCCCGGUUCCAAUAUCUUCUCUUCCACGUCUCUGCUUAGGCAGCAUCGAACUUAGGCCAACACUAGACUCAUGGGGGGAGGGGGGGCGUCGAAUCAUUUCGUCAACCUUUCUUAAGUGGCGUCAGUAAUCUUGACAGUGUUGCCGCAGCGAGUGUGGAUUGCCUGAUUCGAGACGAAAUUGAUCUGCUUCAUUCGGUAGAUCAUUACCAGGCAGCGGUUCUCGAAGACCUCCAAUUCCCACCUGUCUUCCACAGGCAUAGCUCAGAAUUUAAAAUCAAAGAGGAAUGACAGGACUGACGCCCAAUACAUGCGGACUUCGUUGACGAUCGAAAUAUCACGAGAGGCUUUCAGAUACAUCGGAAUUCUCUGACACAUGUCGAUCCGGGCGACGAUUUCGCCCCUAAUCAGUUUGUUUGACAAAACUCGACCUCGAGAUACUUAAAACCGUCCACCUCACCAAGCCAAUAAUCAUGACUCACGAAGUUGUGUUCUCUUGACCAGAAAUACACCUCGAUUGGAUUCUGCUUUUUCCUGCGUUUAUGGACAAACUAACUGGCUCAUUUUUUGUCUAACAAGGAGACAUGCUCCUACCUGGCUCAAGGGUCGGGCAGGUUCAUCCCAGUCACUUAAAAAUACAUGGGAUACGUCAACUCCAUUUAGGUCUUGUGCAUCAUGUUGAUGAAGACUUGGACGCGCGACUGGAAUUAACUCCAGGCCUCUCAGGUUUAUGUCGAGAACCUCCGGCCAGUGCACUACCGCCGCAUGUCCCACAAUCCAUUUUACCACGAUCGACCGCGCAGUGGCUAGCUACACGGGGUGGCCAGACUACGAAAUAUGCCUGCUACUCCUAACUUUCAAUGGGCGCUUUGAUCUCUCAGAGACCAAACUUGUUGUUUACCUAGCAUACGUACCCCAUAGUCCCCGAUACAAACCACCUCCUCCUGUGACUAUAUCUGUCAUCGGUUGGACAAAGAUCUCGUGGCACCCCAAUUGCCGUUAUUCCACUGGAUUGAUCUGCUUGGUUGAGACUGCAUGGUGCUGCGGCGUCACAAUGACAAUUCAGGGUGAGCAAGCAAAAGUUAUACAACUUCGCGUCCGAGUUUCCACACCCGUUUGCGCAAAUGUAUCACUUGUCAUAUACGGAGAUGUGGAAGUCAUGGACUGUUCUUGCGUGAAAAGUACAACGCAAACAAGUCACUUAUAAGUUUUCUUAAAAAAACCAGUAAUCACACAAAAUGAGUGGUGCUUAUUCCCACCCGGUUGUUGAAAUCAGAUCUGUUUACCAACAUCGUCGUUUUUUUCUGAAAUCGUUUAACUCACCUCUAGUCCCCUAAAGACGGUGCUAACAGUGAAUCGGUUGUAGGAACCUUUAUCGUAUCCAAUCGUCACAAGCUAUAAAUUUUCUAACGUACUAGGUUUUCACUGAUGUGGACUUCUUACUGACACCCGUCAACCUGCGGCCCGCCCCACUCCUGGAUGAGUUCCGUCAACUGGAUAGUCGCAGUCGAUGCAGCCGCGAAGACCUCUGCACCGUGGGAGUCAACCUCGCUGGCUUGCCUGCAGUCACUAUCCCCAUUAAGUUGUCAGCCCAGUCAGCAACGCUCGGCCUGCCGAUAGGGUUGCAACUGAUUGGGCCGCCAUGGUCGGAGCCGCGGCUGCUUCAUCUUGCGGAUCUUAUUGAAGAACGCGCUAACUUCCCUCUUCUGUUUGAUAUCCCAGCCGCGCUACACUUAAAAUAG